AUGAUGUCGGAGAGCCCUCGACCCCUAAAAUUGAGACAAAAUGUCUGCUACAUUGUCAUGGGAGUAUUACUGAAUGAGCAGGACGAGGUGCUGAUGAUGCAGGAGGCCAAAGCUGAGUGCUUGGGUACCUGGUAUCUCCCUGCUGGACGUCUGGAGAGAGGAGAGACCCUGGUGGAUGGGCUGUGCCGAGAGGUCAAAGAGGAGACCGGAUUAACCUGUGAGCCCAUCACUCUGCUGGCUGUGGAGGAGAGAGGAGCCGCCUGGGUGCGAUUUGUAUUCCUUGCCCAACAUACAGGUGGUACUUUGAAGUCUCCAGCCUCAGCAGACAAGGAAUCUCUCCAGGCCUCUUGGUGGGACAGGGUUUCCCCUCUGCCCCUGCGCUGUAGAGAUAUCCUUCCUCUCAUAAAGCUGGCAGUGGAGUACAGGAACCAACCUUCGCACCCCUAUAUUCUACCUCUGCUGUAUCCUUCUCCAUUCCUCAUACUGCGGAUGCUCCUAGUUUGCUUAACUACCCCAGGAGAAUUGUGGGUCCUGCAGAGUGCCAGUGCCCCUGCCCGCCUACCCGCUGCUGUCUGUGCUACCCAUGGAGGAAGCAUUCUCAACCCCUUGCGUAACCUGCUGCAAGAUCCUCCCAAAUCUUAUGGCAUUUUAGGGGUACAGCACCAAGGUGGGGAUGGUGCAGAUGGAGUUUGUUUGACCAUCAUGGGAGUAUUCAGCGACCAAGAACCACCCCAUGUCAGAGUGGACAGUCUCAGCUGGGUACUGAUGGAGGAUGAAGAGCUGAAGAAUAGCAUAGAGAAAGCAGCACUCCUGCCAUUAUACAGCUGA